GCAGGUCAAAUUCGAUCCUGAUGGCCAAGGCCGGGGACCGGUCGACGAUUGCCGCGUACAUCGAACGCUUCCGCGGCCCGGCGACGUCGCGGCAAGAGAGAGCGCGCUCGAGAGAAGCGUCCAAGCGCGAGUUCUGGUGGAUCGCGGACGAGAAGGAGACCGAGGAGCAUGGGGUCGAAGCCAUCGACGAUGCUGCGUCGGUGGAGGCGGCGUCGGUAUCGGUAGCCAGCGAGAUGGCCAGCCACCAUGUCGACGACGACCUUGAAGAAGAAGAAGAAAAGCCAGCAGAAGAAGAUCAGCGGCAAGAGCACUCGGUGGUCCUGUCUGAGCCACCGAGCCCACCCGCGUCGCCUGUCGCGAGUGACAUGACGCAGCACGACAGCCGCAGGAGCUUGGACCGUGACGAGCAUGAAGAGAAGGCGCCAUACGACGAACAGGCAGAGAAAGCAUCGUACGGCGAACAAGACCUGUGGGCUAGCCUGUCACCGCUCUCGUCUCCCAAACACGACGAUAGUAGUGCGCUCAGCGGUCGCCACGACGACUUCGAAGCCAUCUCUGUUGACAGCAGCUUGACAGACACGGUUGGGCCGCAGUGGUACGUGCGACCAGAGGAAGUGCUCAUCGAAGACCCAGAAGUAACGAUCCAGCGUCUCCGGCAACGCCUCGGGCUCUCGGGCUUUGACCCUGCUCGACAGCACGUAGAGUGGAACGCUCCGCUCACCUUUCCCGACUGGAGCCAAGCUAUCGACGACUACAUGCACCUCGACAAUACCGACCCGCCGGGUUUUCCGUCCCCAGCUUUCUUCCAAGUUGGUGCUUCUUUUGCCGACGAGAUGCCCCAAGCCACACCCUUGGCGGUUGCUGUCGACAUCUGCGAACACCCCGAGCAGCCAGCACCAGCAACGGUCAUUGCCCCCAGUUCGCCUCUGGCUUCGCCUUUGGUCGCGCCACUUGACAACUCUCCGUACCGCCUCGAUCCCCCGGCGCCGACUCCAGAACACGAUGACAUUGCGCCCGAGGUGACCACGAUCAAUCUGCAAGUAGCAGCGAUGAUCGAGAUGGACCAGCAAGCUGCACAUGACGCGGCGUCGCCCACCGUCCCUUCACGGGAGCCGCCAACGAGCUCCACCGCGCCAUCCAUGGAUGCACCCGCUCUACCGCCACGGCCGCCGCGACGUGGCAUCGCGUUUGGAAAGGUGCUGGCGCCGCUGGUGGUGGAGUCCAUGCCGCAGGCGGCCAUGGCACAACUGGACUCUGUAGCCGAAAACGAAACCUCGGUGCCCGAGGACACAGCACCGACGAUGCUGGCCUCGAUCAUGGACGAUCUCGUGACCAGUGUAGUGACGUCUUGGGUCGAUCCGGCGCCUGCACCAGCAACUGCAUGCGAGCCGCGAGAAUCACCAGCUCUUCCCGCGGAGCCACCAAUUCUUGCCAAGGAUACGCCAGCCCUUGCCGAGGAGACGCUAGCUCCUAUCCUAGAACCACCAAUUCUUCACGAGGAGCCGCCAAAGGCAGAGUCGCUGGCACAGCGGGAGGACGACGUGAAGCAGACAGAGUGCAGUAGCGAUGCUGAUCCGAUGGACAGCAUCGCCGAGUUCUUGGACGACGACAUUGUCCGCGCCCUCGUGCACCGCGUCCUCGUGUGCGAAGAAGCGCUGGCCAUCCUCCGAGCGCGCGCCGUGAUGCAGAUACACGCGACAGGAUAAGACAAAGGACGACAUGCUAUUUAGACACUCUACCGCGACGACGCACACCACGUAAAGGGCUUGCCCCACCCGACGCAGUUGUCUUGGGUCACGUCAUUGAAGCAGUAGUUGCCCGCGUUCUGCGGAUCGUGCAUGUUGCAGCCGACGCAGACGUCAUUUUGACACCCGUCACCGUCGAGGCAGACGCAAUCGUUAGACGCCGGGGCUGAGGUCGGGGCCGACGUUGGGGCCGAGGUCGGGGCUGACGUUGGGGCCGAGGUCGGGGCAGAGGUCGGUUGCUGCGUGGGUGUGUCGAGGUAGCAUGCCACGUAUGGCUGACCCCAUGCGACGCAGCUGUCCUUGUCGAC